UUUUUUUAUCUUUCUCGUCACUUUUAUUUAUCUUUUGUAGCUGUCGUUUGUUUUUCUUCUCUGUUGCACAUUUUUUCGGCAAGGUUUGAGAUAAGCCCCCCCUUUCAUAUUUUUCUGCUUUUCUAAUUUGUUAAUAUUUUUUCUUUCAAACUGCUUGUACUAACAGCAACGCAAAAAUAAAAUCAUGGGUGUUUUCUCAGUGUUUUCUCGCGGCGGCUCUGGGUCCCUGGAUCAGCAGGGCCAGCAAGAGCAGCAGGGUGGCUCUACAUCGGCAACCAGCAGCACGACGCUUCUGAGCGAUCAGCAGGUCGAGACUAACAGCAAGGGCUAUUACCAGACAGCUCCGUCCCCGGCACAGGGAUCAUCGACACGGCUGCCAAGCUCUGCAGUGACAUCGCUUGCUAUUGACCAGGUGCAGGGCGGCGUGUCCGAGUUUUUGAGUCAGGUUGACUUUUCCUCGGCACAGCUGAACCAGAUCGCCAGCCCUGGCGGAAUCGAGUAUCUCAACCUCGAAGAGGGUCCGAUAUACACUGGUGGAGUCAUGCCCAGCCGUGGGUGGAGUGACGAUCUUUGCUACGGCACGGGCUCAAUGUACAUCCUUGGUCUGACUAGCGGUGGCGCAUGGGGAUUCUUGGAGGGCCUGCGGAGCCAGCAUGGCGGUAACUUUAAGCUCCGUUUGAACAGCGUGCUCAACUCUAUGACUCGUCGUGGACCGUUUGUAGGAAACUCGUUGGGUAUUCUGGGUAUGUUCUACAACAGCAUAAACUCGGCCAUCGGUAGCUAUCGCGGCACCCGGGACCAGUACAACAGCCUUGGCGCUGCUGCCAUUAGUGGCAUGCUGUUUAAGAUCGGCGGUGGGCCUCGAGCGAGCCUGAUCUCCAGCAUAGUUUGCACGGGUGUUGUUGGUGCUUAUCAUGCCAGUGUUGCUGCGUAUGGCAAUUAUCAGGAUAAAAAGAUGACGAAUGCGUCGCUGGCCUCGCCAUCGGAGUCCCAGCUCACCAAUGCUACUGCUACUCCCAUGUAAAGUAGCUAGAGUGGGGUUUAAUUUUGAAGACACAUGCCGUGAUGUUGAUGCUGUCACAACCGGCUUGGGUGGUCUUUGCGUGGCUGUUUUCUUUUUUGAACAUUUUCGUUAUUUAAAAUAUAUAAAACUUUCAUUAAA